ACUUCGUUCAAACCUGUCCGCGUGCACGGCGGUCAAAGUCCGCCGUUACAUCAAAGUGCGCGCGCGCGCGCGUGCGCGAGAGUCCCGUCUGUUACGUCGCGCGUGUGUCCGCCCGGCACCACACACAGGCCCUUUUAAGGGGACGCGCAGACGUCUGGGACCCCCUCAGGACCUUCUUUGUGGGUUCUUUUCAGAACCUUGUCCGACCUCAGGACGAGUCCAAGAUGACGUCAGUGUGGAAAAGACUUCAGCGCGUCGGGAAAAAAGCCUCAAAGUUCCAGUUUGUGGCUUCUUACCAGGAAGUCGUCGUGGAGUGUAAGGAGAAAUGGCAACCAGACAAGCUGCGGGUGGUGUGGACCAGGAGGAACCGACGCAUGUGCACGAAGCUGCACAGUUGGCAGCCCGGCAUCAAGAACCCAUACCGAGGAACGGUUCUGUGGCAAGUCCCGGAGAACAUGGACAUCUCCGUCACACUUUUCAAGGAUGCCGGCGCCGACGUCUUCGAGGACAAGGAGUGGACCUUCGUCCUCGAGGGUGAGAGCAAAGGCCACCGCAAAGUCCUGGCGUCGGCCGGCGUCAACCUGAAGAACUUCGCCAGUCUCACGCCGACCCAGACGGACCUGAACCUGCGCCUGAAGCCGCUCUCCGUCAAGGUGGUGGAGGCGUCGCUCAGGUUGUCGCUGUCGUGCAUCUUUGUCCGCGAGGGCAAAGCCACAGACGAGGACAUGCAGAGCCUCGCCAGCCUGAUGAGCGUCAAACCCGACGUGGCCAACCUGGACGAUUUCAACGAGAGCGACGAGGACUGCGACGAAGCCAAGGCGGCGGUCGUUCCACGCACUCUCACCCGUCCCAAUCGCCCCGCCCCCCCUCCGCCUGAGCCCGCUGACACCUUGCCAGCGGCUGUCUCGUAUCAGCGGCGCCCCCCGGAGGACCAGACGUCACACGCCGCCAGCGCCGCGUCGGCCCAUGUUUUCGCAGCUCAAGUUGUCAAGUCCGACCCCCGCCCUCCGUCCCCCUCGCCCUUCAGCACCGAGGCGCCGACUGCCUCUCCCGUCGCUGGUGACGUCCUCCCGGUGCCCCUGUUGAGUCGCCCCGACCUCGACGCCCUCUGCGAGCCCGCCGCCCCGACUCUUCGCCCCGCCCUCCCGCGUUCCUCGCCGCCCCGCUCGUCCUCUCAGCUCAGGGCCCCGCCCACAGAGGCCACGCCCCCCCUCGACCAAGCCGGGAAGACCGCGGCACCUGUUGCCAAGGAAACCACGCCUGCCGAUGACAUCACAGCAUCCAACCCACCAAUCACAGCACAGCAUGGCAAGGUGGCAGGGGAGGGCAGUCCUGCCCCUCCCCAAUCUGAGACUAUAGUAGCCCCGCCUCCUCCGUGGCCCUUUUGCGAGAGCUCCGCCCCCCAGCCGCCCUCCUCCACUGCCAAGCAGUCAAAAGGAGGCACCAGCCUCCUCUCUCACCACCGAGGACAGGAGGACGAGCAAGAAGAGGAGAGGAAGCGACGUGAGCAGGAGAGGAGGAGGCUGGUGGAGGAGGAGAAGAGGAGACUCUUGAAGGAGCAGGAGGAGGCCAGGAAGCUGAAGGAGAGGAGGAGGCGCGAGCAAGACCGACUCCUGGAGGAAUGGAACAUCAUGCGAGAAGAGGAGGACAGGAGGAGGAGGAGCACGUUGGUGCAGAAAGAGAAGGAGCAGCAGAAAUGGAAAGACAAGGAGGAACGACAACAGGAGAGGUGGAGCAGAGAGGAAGAGAUGAAGGUGGUCCACGGAUUAAAGGAGGAGAAAGCGAGGAUGGAGGAGACAAGGAAAAAGGAGGAGGACGAGAGUAAUAAAAGGAAGGAAGAAGAUGCGAAGAGAAGGAGCGAGGAGGAGAGGAGAGAGAAAGAAGAAGAGGAGGAGAGACAAGAAGAAAGGAGGAGACACGAAGAGGAGGUGAGCAGGAGAAAGAGAGAGAAGGAACGAGAGGAGAUGGAGCAGAGGAGAAAAGAGGAGGAGGCGGGAAAGAGGGCAGAGGAAGUGUGGAAGAACAAAAAGGAGGAGGAGGAGAGAAAGAGGAAAGAUGAAGCAGAGCAGCAGAGAGUCGAGGAGGAAAAGAGGAGGCAGGAGAAAGACCGGCUGGAGGAGGAGAAGAAGAGGAAAAAGGAGGAGGAGGAGAGAAAUAAAAAAGAGGAAGAGGAGGGGAAGAAAAAGGAGGAAGAGAGAAAAAUUAAGGAGGAAAUAGAGAGGAAGGGGAAUGAGGAGGAGAGAAAGAAACUGGAAGAAGAGAAGAGGAGGAAGGAUGAGGAAAGAAGGAAGAAGCUAGAAGAGGAAAGAAAGAGGAAGGAGGGGGAGGAGAAGAGGAAAAAAGAGGAAGAAGAGAGAAAACAGAAGGAUGAGGUGGAGAGGAGGAAGAAGUUAGAAGAGGAAAAUGAGAAGAAGAAAAAGGAGGAAGAGGAGAGAAAGGAAAUGGAGGAAAAGAAGAGGCAGGAGAAAGACCGACUGGAGGAGGAGAAGAUGAAAAAGGAAGAAGAGAGAAAGAGGAAGGUGGAAGAUGAGAAGAGGAAGAAGGAGGAAAAGGAGAGAAAGAAGGUGGAAGAGGAUAGGAAGAAAAAGGAGGAAGAGAGAACAAUUAAGGAGAGGAAUGAGGAGGAGAGAAAGAAACAGGAAGAAGAGGGGAGGAGGAAGGAUGAGGAAAGAAGGAAGAAGCUAGAAGAGGAGAAAAAGAAAGAGGAGGUCAAGAAAAAGGAGGUAGAGGAAGGAAAGAGGAAGGAUGAUGAGAGAAAGAAAAAGGAAGAAGAGGAGGGAAAGAGGAAGGAGGAGGAGGAGAGGAAGAAACAAGAGGAAGAGGAGAAGAAGAAAAAAGAGGAAGAGAGAAAGAUUAAGGAGGAAAAGGAUAGGAAGAGGAAUGAGGAGGAGAGAAAGAAACAGGAAGAAGAGGAGAGGAGGAAGGAUGAGGAAAGAAGGAAAAAGCUAGAAGAGGAAAGAAAGAGGAAGGAGGAAGAGGAGAGAAAAAGGAAGGAUGAGGUGGAGAGGUGGAAGAAGCUAGAAGAGGAAAAAGAACAGAAGAAAAGGGAGGAAGAGGAGAGAAAGAAAAAUGAGGAAGAGAGAACGAGGAGGGAUGAGGUGGAGAGGAGGAAGAAGCUAGAAGAGGAAAAAGAACAAAAGGAAAAGUUGAGGAAGAAAAAGGAGGAAGAGGAGAGAAAGGAAAAGGAGGAAAAGAAGAGGCAGGAGAAAGCCCGGCUGGAGGAGGAGAAGAAGAUGAAAAAGGAGGAAGAAGAGAGAAAGAGGAAGGAGGAAGAUGAGACGAGGAACAAGGAGGAACAGGAGAGAAAGAAGGAGGUAGAGGAGAGAAAGAAAAAAGAGGAAGAGGAGAAGAAGAAAUAUGAGGAAGAGAGAAAGAUUAAGGAAGAAAAGGAGAGGAAGAGGAAUGAGGAGCAAAGAAAGAAACAGGAAGAAGAGGAGAGGAGGAAGGAUGAGGAAAGAAGGAAUAAGCUAGAAGAGGAGGUAAAGAAAAAGGAGGAAGAGGACAGAAAGAGGAAGGAUGAUGAGAGAAAGAGAGGGGAAGAGGAGAGGAAGAAAAAGGAAGAAGAGAGAAAGAUUAAGGAGGAAAAGAAGAGGAAUGAGGAGGAGAGAAAGAAACAGGAAGAAGAGGAGAUGAGGAAGGAUGAGGAAAAAAGGAAAAAGCUAGAAGAGGAGAAAAAGAAAGAAGAGGAGGUAAAGAAAAAGAAAGAAGAGGAACGAAAGAGGAAGGAUGAUGAGAGAAAGAAAACCGAGGAAGAGGAGAGGAAGAAAAAAGAGGAAGAGGAGAGGAAACGGAAUGAUGAGGUGGAGAGGUGGAAGAAGCUCGAGGAGGAAAAAGAACAGAAGGAAAAGGAGAGGAAGAAAAAGGAGGAAAGGAGGAAGAGAGAAGAAGAAGAGAUGGAGAAGGGAAGAAAGGAGGAGGUGAAAAGGAGAGAAGAAGACAUAAAGAGGCAGCAGGAGGAGAAGUGGAAAUGUCUCCAUCUGCUGGACAAAAGCUGCAUGACACCUUCAAGCCUCAGCCAAUCAGCAGAGAGCAAGUCACUCCAUCAGAGGCAAAGUGUUGAGGUCGAUGCCUUUGUCGAACAGCCAAUCAUAGCCAAGGCCCCGCCUCCCACCUUCCAAGGGGACUCCUCCCAGCUGGACCACAAGGCGCCACCAAAGACUGCAGAGGAGGGGGACAACCCGUGGAGGAUGGGGGAGGGGACAGCAAAGGGUGCGGGACAACGGAGGAAAGAGGAAGAGGAGGAGUCAGUAGGUAGAACUGCUGUCCGCCAUGGCGACCAUGAUGAAAGUGGCGUCGGGAUGGCCACCAUUUCCGAAGAAGAAGAAGAAAGUCCUGACGUCUGCCCUGUGGAGGAGGAGGAGCGUCUCCUAUUGGCUAAAAUCCACGUGAUGACCUUUGACACGUCCCCGGUCACCAGGAAGCGCCUCGUUCCUGCCCCAGGAGAGAUCCACCGUGACGUCCUGGAGGCGGAGUCAGACAUCCCGGCGAAUGGUGGCGAGGAGUCGCCAAAGCGGAGGCGAGAAGAGGACGUGUCACGUGACCAAUGGGGCGCCCCCCCUGAUGGCGUGUCACGUCAGUCUGGUAGCACACCAAUCAGAGAGGAGGCUGAUGGGAAGGACGACAACGGCGGCGAGGACCUGGUGACCCCCAGCCAGUUGCUGCUGAGGUGGUGUCAGGAGGUCACGGCCGACUACGCCGGGGUCAGGGUCACCAACUUCAGCACUUCCUGGAGGAACGGCUUGGCCUUCUGCGCCAUCCUGCACCACUUCCACCCCGACCUCAUAGAUUUUGAGCGUCUGAAGUCACAUGACAUCAAAAUGAACAACAAGAAGGCCUUUGACGCCUUGGAGUCUUUGGGCAUCUCUCGCCUGCUGGAGCCGUCAGACAUGGUCUUGCUGUCGGUUCCGGACCGCCUCAUCGUGAUGACGUACCUCAGCCAGAUCCGCUCGCACUUUACCCAGCAGGAGCUCAGCGUGCUGCACAUCGAGCGCAACGCCAGCCACUCCAGCUACGGCCCCGCCCUCGCCGGCCCGCCACCCUCUGACGUCCAGGCCGCCGCCUUCUGUGUGGCGCGACUCAACGAGGGGGAAGGACUACAAGAGGGAGGGGCCGCCUUGCUCGUACCGCCCCCCAGAUCCAAGAGAACGACCCAAGAAGAGGCCCCGGGUCCCGUCGCAGGGCCCAAGUCCACCUCCCAGGCCGCCAAGUCCAGACCUCCGCAGGGCGAGUGUGAAAGCAUCACCACGCGGGAACCUGAAGACAAGACCAUGCGCCUGCAGGACACCGGUCAGUACGUGCUGAGCGAGCUGCUGGCGUUGGAGGCGGAGCAAAAGCACAUCGACACCAGGGCGGCGGUGGUGGAGCGCCGCCUGCGGAGCCUCAUGGAGACGGGAAGUGACCGCGACGAGGAGGAGAGGCUGAUUCAGGAGUGGUUCACGCUGGUCAACAAGAAGAACGCUCUGAUACGGCGACAAGACCACCUGGAACUUUUGCAGGAGGAACAGGACCUGGAGAGAAAGUUUGAACUGCUGACUCGGGAGCUGCGAGUCAUGAUGGCGAUUGAAGACUGGCAGAAGUCGCGCGCUCAUCACGAGCGUGAGCAGCUUCUCCUCCAGGAGCUGGUGUCUCUGGUCAACCAGCGCGAUGACGUCAUCAGAAACAUGGACGCCAAGGAGCGAGGGGCGCUGGAGGAGGACGAGCGUCUGGAGCGCGGCCUCGCCAUGAGGAGGAGGAAGUACGACCACAAGGACAAGUGCGUCCUGCAGUGACACGCCCACGUGUUUGGACGUGUUGCCGUGGCGACUGAACUCUUUUUAAGACUACGUGUGUUGGUGUGUAGAUUUCUACUUCAUGCUGUGUACUUUCAUGUAGUAUUUGUAUGAGCUGGACUCAACAUGGCGGCCGCCUGUGUGGGGGGGGAGGGGUGAUGCGGUACGACGGCGUGCUCGUCCACCCGCGCGGCACUUCCAAAACUAGUGACAUCUGUGGUGUUACCAGUGGGACAUUGCUGAUGAUAUCAGUGACAUCCACGAUGACCUCAUUGAUGAUAUCAGCAACAUCCAUGACGUUACCAGUGGAGAUAUCAGUGACAUCUACGAUGACCUCAUUGAUGAUAUCAGUAAGAUUAGUGGCGGUAUCACGACAUCCAUGAUGUUAUCAGCGGCAAUAUGAAUGACGUCAGUAUGACAUCAUUGGUAAUAUCAGUGAUAUUCAUGACACCAGACGUGGCAGUAUCAAUAUAACGUUUGGUGACAAUUUCAGUGACAUCAGUGUGACGUCAAUGGUGACGAUAUCAGUGACAUCUACGAUGACAUCAUUGACGAUAACCAUAAGAUUAGUGGCGACAUCCCGACAUCUAUGAUAUUAUCAGCGGCGAUAUCAAUGAUGUCAGUAUGACAUCAUCAGUGGCGAUAUCGGUGACAUCCAUGACAUCAGUGGCGAUAUCGGUGAUAUCGGCAACAUCAUCAGCGGCAGUAUCAAUGUGACAAUUUCAGUGACGUCAAUGGUGACGUUAUCGGUGACAUCUACGAUGACAUCAUUGACAAUGACAAUGACAGUAAGAUUAGUGGCGAUAUCACGACAUCCAUGAUGUUAUCAGCCAGAAUAUCAAUGACGUCGGUAUGACAUCAGAGGUAAUAUCGAUGACAUCAUCAGUGGUGAUAUCAGUGAGAUCCCCAUCAUCAGCGGCAGUAUCAAUAUAACGUUUGGUGACAAUUUCAGUGACAUCAGUGUGACGUCAAUGGUGACGAUAUCAGUGACAUCUACGAUGACAUCAUUCAAUCAAUCAAUCAAUGUUUACUUAUAUAGCCCUAAAUCACGAGUGUCUCAAAGGGCUGCACAAGCCACAACGACAUCAUCGGCUCAGAUCCCACAUCUGACAUCUACGAUAACCAUAAGACUAGUGCCGAUAUCCCGACAUCCAUGAUGUUAUCAGCGACAAUAUCAAUGACGUCAGUAUGAGAUCAUCGGUGGCGAUAUCGGUGACAUCCAUGACAUCAUCAGUGGCGAUAUCGGUGAUGUCCACAACAUCAUCAGCGGCAGUAUCAAUAUAACGUUUGGUGACAAUUUCAGUGUGACGUCAAUGGUGACGAUAUCAGUGACAUCUACGAUGACAUCAUUGACGAUAACCAUAAGAUUAGUGGCGACAUCCCGACAUCCAUGAUAUUAUCAGCGGCGAUAUCAAUGAUGUCAGUAUGACAUCAUCGGUGGCGAUAUCAGUGACAUCCAUGACAUCAGUGGCGAUAUCGGUGAUAUCCACAACAUCAUCAGCGGCAGUAUCAAUGUGACAAUUUCAGUGACGUCAAUGGUGACGAUAUCGGCGACAUCUACGAUGACAUCAUUGACAAUGACAGUAAGAUUAGUGGCGAUAUCACGACAUCCAUGAUGUUAUCAGCCAGAAUAUCAAUGACGUCGGUAUGACAUCAGUGGUAAUAUCGGUGACAUCCAUGACAUCAUCAUUGGUGAUAUCAGUGAUAUCCCCAUCAUCAGCGGCAGUAUCAAUAUAACGUUUGGUGACAAUUUCAGUGACAUCAGUGUGACGUCAAUGGUGACGAUAUCGGUGACAUCUACGAUGACAUCAUUGACGAUAACCAUAAGAUUAGUGGCGACAUCCCGACAUCCAUGAUAUUAUCAGCGGCGAUAUCAAUGAUGUCAGUAUGACAUCAUCGGUGGCGAUAUCGGUGACAUCCAUGACAUCAGUGGCGAUAUUGGUGAUAUCCACAACAUCAUCAGCGGCAGUAUCAAUGUGACAAUUUCAGUGGCGUCAAUGGUGACGAUAUCGGUGACAUCUACGAUGACAUCAUUGACAAUGACAAUGACAGUAAGAUUAGUGGCGAUAUCACGACAUCCAUGAUGUUAUCAGCCAGAAUAUCAAUGACGUCGGUAUGACAUCAGUGGUAAUAUCGAUGACAUCAUCAGUGGUGAUAUCAGUGAGAUCCCCAUCAUCAGCGGCAGUAUCAAUAUAACGUUUGGUGACAAUUUCAGUGACAUCAGUGUGACGUCAAUGGUGACGAUAUCAGUGACAUCUACGAUGACAUCAUUCAAUCAAUCAAUCAAUGUUUACUUAUAUAGCCCUAAAUCACGAGUGUCUCAAAGGGCUGCACAAGCCACAACGACAUCAUCGGCUCAGAUCCCACAUCUGACAUCUACGAUAACCAUAAGACUAGUGCCGAUAUCCCGACAUCCAUGAUGUUAUCAGCGGCAAUAUCAAUGACAUCAUCGGUGGCGAUAUCGGUGACAUCCAUGACAUCAUCAGUGGUGCUAUCGGUGAUAUCUACAACAUCAUCAGCGGCAGUAUCAAUAUGACAUUUGGUGACAUCCGUGUGACGUAAAUGGUGACGAUAUCGGUGACAUCAUUGACGAUAACACUAAGAUUAGUGGCGAUAUCGCGACAUCCAUGAUAUCAGCGGCAAUAUCAAUGACGUCAGUAUGACAUCAUCAGUGGUAAUAUAUCGGCGAUAUCAGUGAUAUACACAACAUCAGUGGCAGUAUCAAUAUGACAUUUGGUGACAAUUUCAGUGACGUAUUCAUGACAUCGGUGAUGACAUCAUUGGUGGCGAUAUCUGACAUCUACGAUGACCUCAUUGACGGUAUCAGUGACAUCAAUUACGUCAUCAGGCGGAAUAUCAGUGCUGCAUCACUGGUGGCGAUAUCAGUGACAUCCUGGUGCCCUCUGAUAUUAUUGGUGUUGAUAUCAGUGACAUCCUGGUGCCCUCUGAUAUUAUUGGUGUUGAUAUCAGUGACAUCCUGGUGCCCUCUGAUAUUAUUGGUGACGAUAUCAGUGACAUCCUGGUGCCUUCUGAUAUUAUUGGUGACGAUAUCAGUGACAUCCUGGUGCCCUCUGAUAUUAUUGGUGUUGAUAUCAGUGACAUCCUGGUGCCCUCUGAUAUUAUUGGUGACGAUAUCAGUGACAUCCUGGUGCCCUCUGAUAUUAUUGGUGUUGAUAUCAGUGACAUCCUGGUGCCUUCUGAUAUUAUUGGUGACGAUAUCAGUGACAUCCUGGUGCCCUCUGAUAUUAUUGGCAAUAUCAGUGACAUUAUGACAUCACCAGUGAAAAUAUCAGCAUGACAUCAUUGGUGACAUCUGUGAUGACAUCAUUGAUGACAUCAGCGACAUCCAUGUUGUUAUAAGUGGGAAUAUUAAUGACAGUGAUGACGUCAGUGAUAAUAUCUGUGUGACACGGGUGAUGAUAUCAGUGCCAUCUGUGAUAACAUCAUUGAUACCAGUGACAAUAUCGCCGACAUAAUCAGUGACGAUAUCAUCAAAAGUGGCCGUUUUUCAAUGACACCCGUGACGUCAUCAGCGGCCAUAUCAUCGACCUAUGGUACAGGAUGCAAUCGCGUCAGCGGCCAGGGGGCGGGGCCAACUGUUGGACUCCUUCUCCGCGGGGCUGUGCAAAGGAGCGACCGGCAGGUGGCGCCAUCGAACCUAAACAUCUUUUUAUGCUGGGAAAAAGUGGAAGAACGUUUGAGAAAAGAAGAACCUUAUUAAAAAAAAACGGUAUUUAU